AUGUAUUCAGAUAAUAACAAUGCUCAUUCAGAGAUUAGAAUCAGAUAACUGUUAUACUUCAAAUAGCCACCUCAGACUACCUUGCCCACCAAUAGAAGUACUAUGAAACUUCAGACUCUCGAACAUAAAUUGGGAAGGACUAAUAAAAAUUUUACGGGCUAUUCAAAAAGUUAAAGUGAAACUAGGCCUUUUUUUGAAAAUUUCAUGGAAAAAACUGAUCAAAUAACAUCUUUUGGAUUCAAGUAUCCUUUUAAUGUUGACGAAUUUUAAAACACCAAUGCAUAAAUUCAUUUUUUAGAAGUGUUCACACAUUCAUAGCAAUUAAUAUAAAAUUAUAUUUCAGAUAGCAAGCGUACUUUGGCUCAAUUGAAGGAGCAAUCGAAGCAAAUUAAAGAUGAGAUGGAGCAGAUGAAAGAGAAAACGGAGUAGAAAAUUUAAUAACUAGAGGAUCAGUUCAAUGAGGCAGUUCAGGUUAAGCAAAGGCAGUUGAAGGAGGACUAUGUGGCUUACUCAACGGAGUCAUAUCGGUUGAAUAAGGAAAUUAGCAAAUUGACUAAGGAUAAACUACAUAUGGAAGAAUAGUCUAUUCAUUUGCUAUAGAAAAUAAUCAAAUUGGAGAAGCAGAUGCAAGGAGUGGAAAUGGAGUUAAUGUGUGAAAAUGAAUAGGAAUUAUAAUCGUAAUUAAGAGGCACAUUUCAUAACACGAAAAGCAUAACACACUGA